CAAGGUAAUUUUUAAGAGAAAAUUCUCUCCGUGUAUACAUCUAACUAAAUUUUCAGAUACUUCGGCGAUACUAUACUUUCCGUGUAAUAAAUAUUAACAGCCUAGACAAAUUUCUAUCAAACUAGCACACUUUUUCAAGAGUAUAUUUCAUCGAGAGAGAUCAAAGAAAUAAAAUUUUCAAUUCUUCAAAAUUCCUUCUUUACCACGUUCGCUUUUCCUAAUAGGAAAGUGAGAGCCCUUUUCUCGCAGAGAACACCCGCGAGCAUCUUUCUUUCAGGUCGCCGGUCGCUUCUCGGCGGGUCGCGGAGGUAGCACGGACUCGCGGCGCGGGCGUGCCUGUCGAGCGGAUGUCGAAGGACCUGAAGAGAAGAGGGGUAGAUACAGAAGGAACCCGCUGCCAGGUGUACGUAUUGCCUAUAGGGAUAGGUAGAAAACAAGGUGGGAACCAUAUGUUGAUCUGCUGACGGGCGCUCUGGCACGCGCCAGGCGCACUCAAACUCGAGCCUUUACACCGCGAGGAUCGGGGCUGUGGUGUCCACCUCGGCGUCUUCCCGCCGCCGGCUUGAACGAACGCCUGACAGCUCGAUCCUGAUGUUUCCUUUCUCCACGGCCCACGUGUAGAAGACCUUCGAUACGAGAAACAAAGUGAACUGAGAUACCACUCGGCGAGGACAAAGUUCACGCGAAGAUUUGCUCGGAUCAAUUUUCACGUGGGUGAUGUGUCCGACGGUACAUGCGGUAUUCUUCACGCACAGAAAGUCUAAUAUAUCCUUAUCGAAUAUAUUUCGUUAGACGCAAUGGAAUCGUUCCGUCGCGGUGUGUAUUAGAUAUUAAAACCGUAAGGACAGGUUUAAGUCGCUUGUCCGCGUUGACAAACCCAAUGGGAUGUGAAUCAAUGACAACGAACUUUGUGCACCAACCCUUUCUUCAGCGUGACGUCGACAGGCUUUGAAGACAUGAAAAUUUCGCUUGUACAAGGAAACAACAUUUCACCUUACAAGACGCAACUCUGAUGAGGCAACUGCAUGUGCUGCGCAUAGAGAUAUAUUCUCAUUGUGCCAAGUCGAUCGAGUAACUUUUCAUCGACAAUCCGACCAUGGCCCUGCUAUCGAAUCAUCACUGCAACUACCAGAACACGCAAUCCGACAUGUUAACACCCGCGUACCCGACUUCAGUGAGAGGCUACGACCCCCUGUACCCAUCGCCGUACAAUUCUCCGAACUACGAGUCCACGAGACUCGCGUAUCGGGACAAUUGCACGAACGAGAGUGAACUCACGCCGCGAAGAGACGUCGAGACGCUGGACUAUGCCAAGGACAUAGUGUCGGACUACACGAGGACCCCGGAGGGAUACGAUCGAGGACCUUACGGCGUCCUGACGCCCGUCACGCCGCAGAGAUACGAGCCGCCACACUCGAUGGACCAGACCACGUCGCCGCGAUCAACAUUGUACGAGGAAAGUUCAAUGGACUACCAGCCGCCGUCGUAUUGCUACGAGACGCCUCCUCAGGAGCCGAGGUACCAACCCCUGGAGAAUAGCAAGCCGAUCCUCACGAUCGUCGAACCUCGCGCCAAUUGUUGGGAGCCUAUCAUCUCGACACAGAGAAUGCCGACGACCCCGCCGGUGAGUCCGCGGAAGGGUAGACGAAGAUCCCGCGACGUGCCGCCGUCGCCAACGGUGCUGAAGCGCCGACGUCUCGCUGCGAACGCACGCGAACGCCGUCGCAUGAACGGCCUGAACGACGCCUUCGAUAAGCUACGCGAGGUCGUGCCGAGUCUCGGGACCGAUCACAAACUCAGCAAGUUCGAGACUCUACAGAUGGCACAGAGUUACAUAGCCGCUUUGUGUGAUCUUCUACAGAGGCACGACAGCAAGAGAUAAAAAUUUGGGAGCGGCUCCUAAAAUCGAAAACGCAAGUAUCACAUGCGCAAUUCAUUCUUUAAGUACCCUGGCACCGUUUCUCCAAAAACAUAUUCACCUGAGUCCAACACAUUCAUCUUCGAUCCCAUUUUCGAGAAAUUCUGCGAUACAAUAAUAAUAUUUAAUCACAACUUUCCCUUUUCUAUAAAAAUUCAAAUACAAUUUGAAUUAUUUUGACUUCAAGAUUAAUUUCCCCAAGCUCUAAUAAGUAUAUUGGACCAAUGUUGUACUAAACUCUUAAAUUCGUAGUAUUAAGAAAUCAGUCAUUAAAGUUUAACGCGUUGGGAAAUUAGUUAAAGGAACGAAUAACCGUUAGCUAAAAUUAAUUUAUAAUGUAAUCUUAAGAUGUAAGAUUGAUCAUAAAACGCACAGAUAUUUCAAUACAUAUUUAAUGCGUAACAAAAAAAUAUAUAUUAUAGUGAUCGUUGUAAAAAUGUAAUAAGACUGAACUGCACAGAGGCCUUCUCAACUUUGUCAUUUAAUCAAUUUUAUAACUUAAUCUAAAUAAUUUGAUAAAAACUAAUCACUGUUCAUAUAAGACUUAAGCAUUUUUGCUAACUAUUUCUAUUAUUAUUACUCAGAGAGUGAUUUAAAUGGCAAUAAAUAAUUACGAUUUUGAUACGUAUAUAAUAUGCUGACAAUUUUUUUAAAUGUAUAUUUUUUAUAGUUUAAU